AUGCUGUGCUGUUGGCCCCACGAUGCUCGCAGUUCAACAGAAUUUCUUAAUUUGUUAAAACCACAACGCACGAGGAAAAAGUACUAUAGUUUCGGAGGCUCUGGGGGCCAUUUUGGGUUUGGGCAGCCUCACAUGCUCCGAAUUUUGUUACCAGUUGUUUUUGGGUCAGGGUUUGGUGGUGGACACGACUUGCUACGAAUGUAUUGGGGGUUUUUGGCACACAGGGUGAGUCGGCCAGGGAAGAACCAGCUGCCUCUGCCUCUCGGAGGACAUGUGCAGCCUGUUUGUAUUUGCGCUGUUGGGGCCACUGGGCACGUGGCUGGCCUGCAGGGGUGGGACCUUUCUCGCAGUCCCAAGGAGGCGACGAGGCACUUGGAGGUUGGUGUUAGAGGGCACUGA